AAGGGCAAAGCGCAGUACGUGUAUAACCACAGACACACACAGUAGAAAACGGUCCAAUUCUACAUGUAUUUAAAGGGACGUCCACCAUCUGUGUAACACUGAUACUCUUUGCAUUGGUUGAAGGGACUUUAAUUAAAUAGUGUCCAAAACCCAGCCUUGUUAUUUGUGUAAACACUCAGUUAAUUGGAUUUAAUUUUUCGCAACUGAAUUUAAAAAUAUUGGAAUUAGGUUUUUUUUUUCUUUACAAUUUUACGAUUUUCUGCUUAUUUCGAAAGGAUAUUCUGUCUAAGGAUUUUUUAUUUGAAAGGAAAAUCCAGCUGCAAUGAUUUCUUGGAUACUUGUUGUGCUCCUUCUGUCCCCUGUUCUAGUUAUCAGUCAAGACCAACCUUUCCUACCAAGAUCAAGGGAUGAGUGCGAAGUGGUGGAUCUCAUAUUUAUCCUGGACAGAUCCUGGAGUCUCAGGUCCCCGGAAAACUUCCAGAAGGAGCUGAGUUUUGUAGCCGAUGUCGUCUCCGUCCUCGACUUUAGCAAGUCACGUGUUUCCGUCAUCACAUUCAGCGACGAUGCUGACCUCAACAUCCAGUUUAAUGAAUACAGAACACUCAGCAGUUUCCAGAACGCCAUCCGAACACUCCCCUGGGUUGGCGGCAAUACUUAUACCCAUAAGGCCAUAGAGAUGAUGUUAAGUGAAUAUAACAGUCAUAUACAGACCCGGGCCGGUAUUACUACAAUAGGAGUUAUCAUCACAGAUGGCGGCUCCACGGAUCCCUACAAACUGGAGGACGUGGUAAAAGUAGUCCACAACGACAGAAUAGAGAUGUACGCUAUUGGUGUUGGAGAUGAGGUCAACCGACAGGAACUCGAGAUGCUGGCUACCGGUUAUGACCACGUGUUCCUCCUGAACGACCUGAAUUCUCUGUCUACAAUUCAGGAUAAAUUGGUUGGACGUUUUUGCCGAGGAACUCCAGCCCCUACUCAAGCCCCACCGUCAGACUUUACAGAUUGUUCGAAGCCAGUAGAUCUUGUUUUUGUUCUGGACAGCUCUUGGAGUUUAAUGGCCGCCACGAACUUUCUGAAGGAGCUGAAGUUCGUCACGGAAGUAGUGAACGCUCUCUCGGACAAUAUGGGUCAAUCCAGAAUUUCUGUGAUAACUUUCAGUGACGAUGCCGAAAUGUCGAUACCUUUGACAAUGUUUACAUCAAAGAGGGAUUUUGUGAAUAAAGUACUGAAUCUGCCGUGGGUGGGUGGGAAUACUUACACUGAUAAAGCAUUAGAAAUGAUGUAUAAACAGUUUGACAGUAUCCGUGUCCCGGGGAGGCGGAGCGUGGGGGUGGUCAUCACAGACGGAGGGUCCACCAACCCCUUCAGGACGCAGUCAGUCAUCAAAAAGGUCAAGCAGAGAGGAAUCACAAUGUUUGCAAUCGGUGUUGGAAUGAGUAUAAAUCAAGAAGAGUUAGAGAUGAUGGCCUCCGCGCCAAUGAGUCAACACAAGUUUUUGGUGGAUGACCUUGACGCCUUACAGAUGUUAAGAAGUACCAUUGUGUCCAGGCUCUGUCCAGGUCGGCCCACUCGACCAUCAGCUAUAUGCGAGAGUGAUCCUGCCGAUAUCUUCUUCAUUGUCGACAAGUCCUCCAGUCUCCAAAGCCAAGAGAACUUCAACAAGGAACUUACUUUCAUCGCUCGUAUCAUCGACAGCAUCAUCGUAGGGACAGGACGCGAUGACUCUCGAGUAGGACUUAUCUCUUUCAGCACUAAUGCUUCCUUGUCAUUCGGUCUGUCGGCCUACACAACCAAUGAUGCCGUUAAGAGUGCUGUUCUGAGAGAGAAAUUCACCACUGGAGACACUUACACACACAAAGCUUUCAACAUCAUGCUUGAACAAUUUAGAAACACUGCAAGACGUGACCCCCGUGUCAAAAAAAUCGGUUUCAUUGUGACAGAUGGACAGUCUACAGAUCCUAAUACAUUAAAGCAAUAUAUUGAACAGGUCAAGUCCACAGAUAUCGAAAUGUAUGCUGUUGGAUGCUGCGAAAAAUCAGGUGCCGGAGAUUUUGAUUCGGAGGAGUUGAAUAUGAUGGCAUCUAAACCCUCAAAUGUGUUCCAUGUUGAUGAUCUGGAUGACCUGCGUACAAUCAGCGUAGAACUGAAUCUGAAGAGAUGUAGAGACCAAAAAUAGGAACAAUCUACAGAUUAUAGAUGAGUGUUGUACAGCUCUAUCAAAUCAAGUUACAAGUAUUACUGAUAUACCAACAACGCGACUGGUGGAGAAAGUCACGUGAUAUAUAUGCAUACUCCGAUUAGUCAAAUGCUCCUUCAUAUGUAGUUUGAAUAGAAUUGGAAACAGUGACACGAUAUCGAGUAAAGAUAUUUUAUCUUUAAGUGUGCUUCAAGAAUGUUAUACUCAUUGAUAAUAAAUUUGUUAUAUUUUCAUCCGUAUAUAACACCGAAAGAAUUAAUGCAUUUAAAGUGUGUCACAUAUAGUUUGUUUAAUUGAUUCUAAGAAAGAACGGCUUUUCAAUCUAUCGAAAUACUAUAUCGGAUUCUUUUCAAUAAAUACAUAUUUAUAUAUUUGUUGUUGAUAGUAUUAUAACAGUUUUGACAGAUGUAGCCGACAUUAUUCUAAUAAUAUUCACAUCUUAUAACCAGUUUUACAACAAAACUGCUUUUUUGUACACGAGACGACUUAAAACUAAUUUUAGUUCAAGAUUUUAGUAAAUUUGAUAGUAUUCCAAAGUUACAUGUUGCUUACUGAACAUUCCAUUGAUAUUUUGUUUUAUAUGUUGACGAGAAUUCAAAUGAGAUUUUAAAAAAAUAUUUUGUGUGCAUAAUUUUAUAUUGUGGUUGAAUGCGCAAGUUGUAUGUAACCCAAGCAGUGUUGUAAUUUACGUGUAUGUUUGUAAGAUAUUUACCAAUAAAUGAUUAUUUACAAAAAAAA